GAGAUAUAUGAUGGUUUCGUUUUCAACAAUUAAUAUGUAUAUUAUAUCCGCCUUACAAUUAUUGCGAUGUAGGUAAAUAGAUGGCAUGUUGCAGUUUUAAGACACGAAAAUGCUGUGAUUUUUUUUAAACAAAAUGUCGUAAUAUGUCCCAAAAUUCACAGCGUGUAAGUUCGAGAAGACAUUAAUGUAAACAAUUAAUAAUUAGUUAUUGUUAAAAUGACGACAAAUCGUCCUGUGUUAAAUUCGGAUGAAACAUUCUUGAGGAAAAAUUUGGACGAUUUCGAUAGUGGAAAGGAUUUUGACAGUGAUGUUAUUCCGACGUGGACGAACACGUUUUUUGGAACUACACAUCGGAAUUUUACAGAGCAAUGGAAUAAUGUAAAGACAAGAUGGCAUCGCAAUUAUGGAUAUUUGUUUUCUUCAAACGAUUCGAUCCAGUCUUCCAAUCCAGAAAACACAUUUCAAAAUGAGUUAUAUUUAUCAGAUGAACGUGAUUUUUAUGACAAUAUAAGUGAAGCAUCCGCCAUUACAAAAGAAAAGGCAUUUAACCGACGAAGAAGAUACGUUUGUGUGGGAGUGACUAUUGCCAUCGUGUUGGUACUAUUAGCUUGUAUAAUAUCCGCCGUUCUUAUAGAAGUCAUUUUUGUCCCCCCAAGAAAUGAUUUAGCAGUACAAGCUAGGCUGUCAAUGCGGAUUAUAAAUCGUAAUUACACAGAAGAAUUAUCAAAUAAAUCAUCCGAGUCAUUUCAACUUUUCCAGAAAGAAUUAUGUUCUUCGGUCCAAAGAAAAGUAAACGAAGACACGUCAUGUAUAAUUGACUCAGUAAAAAAUGGUUCUCUCAUUGUGGAUAUCAGAUUGUUUACAACAUCAACAAGAAAUGCUGAAGCUUUCGGUGUAACGGUUAUAGUCAUAAUAAAAGGGGACACACAAGACGGAUCAAGUUACUCGAUUGGGGUAUUUCUAAUUAGUGAAAUAAAAUCUGAGAGUAGCAAUCUCGUAGUACAAGAAACAAUCCCACCCACGGCUAUUAUUUAUAAUAAAGAUGAAACUACAUUUCCAUCAUCAACCCUAAUAACCACAUCAACGGUGACAUCUUCAAGUUCCCUACAACCAAGCUCAGUCGAGAUUUCUUCAAGUCAUAGUGCUCUUCAACUAGAAUCAAGAUCAACUGAAAUGUCUCCAGGCCUGAUGGAAUCAAGAUCAAGUGAAUCUUCUAUCAUAACGUCGCUAUUAAGUUUAGCAGAAACAUCUUCGAAAAUGUCAGAAUCCAGUUCCAACGAAGAAAGCUUGUUGGAAUCUAGCUAUAGUGAAUCACCUCACAGUUCUCAACAACCGAGUCCAAGUUUAACUGAAACGUCUUCUAGUACUCUUCAACUAGAACGAAGAUCAACUGAUAUAUCUUCAGGUCUGUUGGAAUCAAGGCCAAGUGAAUCGUCUGUCAGAACGUCACUAUUAAGUCUAGUAGAGACAUCCUCGAAAAUGUUAGAACCCAGUUCCAACUUAGAAAGCUUUUUGGAAUCCAGCUCUAGUGAAUCUGAUGCAUCCUUAAUCGUGUCUGAAUCUUUUGUCAGUACAUUACUACCAAAUCCACCCGAAACAACUCCCGAAAUGAUAAAAUCCAGUUCCACCGGAUCAUCAACUACCUUUAGUGAAUCUCCAAAUAGUUCACCACAGCCGAAUUUAUCUGAAACAUCUUCCACUAUGCUCAAAUCAAGUUAUACUGCUACAUAUUUAAGCCCGUCUGAAUUUAGUUCAAGUGAAUCUACUUUUGGUAUCCCCCAAUCAAGUUCGAAAGAAGAAUUUUCCACUGUGUUAGAGUCAAGUGCUGCUGAUACAUCGCCCGUCGUGUUCGAAGCUAGCUCAAGCUCGAAUGAAGCAUCUUCCACCAUGUUAGAAUCAAGUUCUCCUGAUACACCCUCCCUCAUGUUGGAAUCUAGAUCAAAUAAAGCGUCUGAUAGUACCCUGCAACCACAUUCAACUGAAUUACCCAGUUCCACUGAAACAUCUUUAAGCCCGUUAGAAACUAGCUCAAGUGAAACCUCUUUCAAUACCCCACGGUCAAAUGACGAAUUAUCUACCAGAUUAGAAUCAAGUUCUGCUCUAAUAUCCUCCUUUAUGUUGGAACCUGACUCAAGUGGAAUUUCUUCCAGCACCUUACAGCCAAGUUCAAAUGAAGCAUUUACUGUGGUCCCUGAAUCAAGUUCUGCCGAUAGUGAUACACCCCCAAUAAUGCUGGAAUCUGGCUCAAGUGAAGCGUCUUAUAGUUCCCUGCAAACACGUUCAGCGGGAGCAUUGUCUAGCGUCUUGGUAUCUAGUUCCGAUGAAAUAUCUUCAAUCUCAUUAGUUACUAGCUCACGGGAAACGUCUAUCAGUACCCCACAGUCAAGUUCAAAACUAGAAACUAGCUCAAGUGAAUCUUCUUUCAGUGCUCCGGAGUCAAGUUCAAAUGAAGCAAGUUCAAUUUUAACUGAAUCUUCCUUCGGUACCCCACAGCCAACCUCCACUGAAGCAUUAUCUACCAUGUUAGAAUCAAGUCCUACUGUAAUAUCCCCCAUUGCGUUGGAGUCUAGCUCAUGGGUAAUUACUUCCAGUGCCCCACAGCUAAGCUCAAAUGAAGGAUUUUCCACCAUACUUGAAUCAUGGGAAGUUUCAUAUAGUCUCCCGCGAACGCGUUCAAUGGAAGCAUCAUCCAGUAUCUUAGUAUCUACUUUCGCUGAAACAUCUUCAAAUCUGUUCGAAUCUAGUUCCAUCGAUUCUUUUACUAUAUCGCUACAGACAAGUGAAGAAUCGUCCGAUAGUCUAGCAUCUAUAUCCGACGAGUUCGACUUUGGUGUCAGUGUCACAUACAGCAGUACACUAGAAUCAAUGUCAAACACAGUACUGUCCAGCACACAAUUACCAAUACCAUCUUUAUCACUACCUUACACGCUACAACCAAGCUCAAAUGAGAUACAAUAUAGCACACUGGUAAUAAGCCCAACUGAAGUAACAUCUGGUACUUCGACUGAAGCAUUGACUGGGAGUUUAGAAUCCGAUUUUAUUGAAGUAUCAUCCAGCAUCUUAUCACCCUUGUCAAGUAUGUUAGUUCCAAGCUCAAAUACGUUAACUUCUAGCAUCACAGAACCUAGUACUACUGAUAUGUUAAUUAGUACAGCUGAAAUAAAACCCAGUGCCUUCUCAACGGAAUCACCAAUCACAACAGCCGAACUAGCAAGUUCCUUGAUAGCAACUACACUCGGAAUGCAAACAUCUGAAUCAAGUGUGAAUGUAAUAGCGACUACUGAAAUAUCUUCGGUAAUUUCUACUUCUGAAAUAGCAGUAACACCAUCACCAUCAUUAAGCCCAUCAUCAACCCAAGAUAUAGAGAUGUCAUCAACCUUCAUACCAGUCAUCACUGUCAGAGACACACUGAUCUAUCAAAAUGAGGACAACCUAACCCUAGGAUGCAACAUAACUAACACCGAAAACUUUACACAAAUUAUAUUUGAUGUCAAUGGUGUAGAAGCUGGAAUGAUUACAAGGGAUCAAACCGAGAUAGAACCUCAGUGGACUUUUAGAAACGAAAGUAAUUCAGAUAAACAAAUAUAUUUAAUGACAUUAGAAGAACCAAAUUGUACUCAUUCCGGUAAUUAUACAUGUAGUAUUGGUGGUGAUUGGGGUGUUGUACAACAAACAGCUACAAUAGAAGUAAGAGUUGCUCCAGGGGAACCAGUAAUAGCGUUUCCUGAUCAGAUAGUGGAGAACCGAAUAUUAAGACAGAACAUCACGUGUUCAGUGGACGCUGGCAUACCGGCUUCUAUGGUAACAUGGUCUGUAGAGUUCCAAGAUGGCCAACAGUUUCAGAAUUUUAAUUUUAACCCUACAGAAAAAACAAAUUCUUCAGAAUCUUGUACCAAUAAACACGUUUCAUCUUUUAUUUCAACAUUUAAUAUAAGCUGGCAUAAUUCUAGUUUAUGCUGUAAUGUUGAUCAAGGAAGCAGACGAACAUCAACUUGUAAACAUCUAUUUGUUGUACCGUCUGAUUAUUGUAAUAAUAGAACUGAUGGUAUAUAUGAUCAUCCCUAUGAUGAUUGUUACUUAUAUGUGUCGUGUGGUGGUGGUACAGUUUAUAUCAGCAACUGUGGUAAAAGUGGUGCUUUUUGUUUUGAUGAACAAGCCAAAUCUUGUUCCAGAGCCGCACCUACCACAACAAUAGAUCCAAGUCAAGCAAGUGAUCCAUACAGUUGUAAUGGAAAAAUCAACUUUUCCUAUAUUCCUGUAAGAGGUUCCUGUACAGAAUAUAUGCGGUGCGUAAAUAGUGACCAGUUCCCAGGUGUCUGUCCUGGCACUACAUACUUCUAUGACACAGAACCUGAUCAGACUUGUACAAACGAUAUAAGCCAGGCAUAUUGUACACUUAAUAAUAAUAAAUAAAAUAUUUCACUGUUUUAUUCAUUGAUAUUUGAUUGUACGACCGUUAAUAUUGAUGGAAUUAAUUUACAAUCUUGUUAGCUUUCAUAUGCAAAUGAAGAUCGAUCGAUAUUUAGAUGUUCCAACAAGGCCAUUUUCAAAGACUGAAAUUAAAUUAUAAUUUUUUAUUAAAUUUGAAAUUAUGGCUGUUAACUUUGCAGUACAAAGAAUAAGAAAAAGUGACAAUAUAAAAUCAUUUAAAAGGAAUUAAAAACAGAACUAUUCCGACAAUCAUUCUAUUAAUGACUUUAAUGACACUGUAAUUUGCGCCAAUGAGCAGCUUCUUGGUUGGAAUUCCAGCGCUAUAUAAGAGGAUUAUUAUUAUUAUUAUUAUUAUUAUUAUUUUAUUACCCUACGUAAUUUAAACAAUUCAAUCUGGUCUUAAUAUUAAUCCAUUCUCAGAUCCCUGAAUACUAUAGGCCUAGUGCCAUUAUAGCUAAUGAACUUGAAUUUAUAUUCGGCUACAGAUAUGCGCCACAAUCCACCAUUGGCGAUUAAUUAUUUUCGGAUGACCCCCCCCCCCCCCCGUCACGCACACAAACCCCACUUCUUUCUAAACAAAUAUGCUCUUAUCUGCGACUGACCAUGUCUCGUUUUUAUCGUCUGCAAUAUGUUGCAAAAUUUUCAAUUGUUCGCACUUCGCAAUAUCUUUGUAAAAAUUGAACAGAAUUUAACGAUUUUGGACUGAUAAAUCAGUUUAUAUACAUUCAUAUUCCAAAGAAUGGGGCUUAUCUCCUUUAGAUGUAAAGACUACUUUUCAAAUGAAAUAAUGUAUGAAACAUAUUUUUACACCUAGUAUUUUAACAGAUUUGUGUGUAGGAAAAGGCGAUUAGCUCGCAGCCAAUACAAGACUGAAUGAUAUUUAUGACAUGCGUGUAACGACUGGUACUGUUAUUUUUGUAAGUCGGUAUUCGUAUACACUACAUCGUGUUUGGUAUUUUAAGACAAGGGCGGCAUUGAUUUAUGGCAUCAUUCACAGCAAAUUCAGUUACUUCCAUCUUCUUUUUGUCCUUUUAAACCUCAAUCUGAUUAAAAUACAGAUCUAUAUUUCGUUUCGGUUUUUUAUUCAUAUACUUUCGAUGGCCUCUACUACAUUAAAAUCUGACCGGUUGUAGCGGAAGGUCGCGUCAGGUUCAUACGAGUGACUUUUGACCCUUUGACGUCAGGCAUUUGAUUAAUCAAUCAGCGUGCACCUCUAGUGGGUUACCCACAGAUCCGUGCACCUCACGCCAAAAACUCGCCGUAACAGACCGUUUCAUAGGCUAAUCCCUCACAUCACCCAGAACUCGGGUUAUAUAACAACUCUUCCAGAUCCUAGUGUAGUAAAGAUAAGUAAAACGAAAUUUUGAACGAAACGAAAUAGAACCUGUGUUUUAAUCAGAUUGUUUUAAUCUCAGAAAUAUAUUCGAGUGAUUUAAUUUCUGAUGUCAGUGCAAUACCACUAUUUUAUGUUUUUGUUAAAUAAGUUUUUAUCAUAAUAACAGAACACAAUUUUUAUUGGAAACAAUGUCUGGUUUUAUUCCAAAAGCACGACGUUUCGACAAGUAUCAUCUUAUCGUUAUCAAGCACAAGUUAUUAAGCUCAAUGAUGUAAAAUCACGUUUCUAUUCGACAAGACGGUAUCCUCUUGCCGUUAUCAAGCCAAUGACUUCGUGCUUUUAGAAUAAAACCAGUGAUUGUUCCCCAUAAACAUUUUGUUCUGUUAAUGUGUUUUCCCACAAACAAUGUGUUCUGUUAAUAGGUUUCCCAAUCGCUAAAUGCUACUUCAAGACUAUCUUUAUCACAAAUUGCUGGUCGAACCAAUGAAGACGGACAUACCAAGGGAUUUUCUACGUGCACGGCGGAAAAUUACUAUGGAAUUUCUAGGCCUACGCAAGGAUCGAACACGGGACCUCUGGGUUAGCGAGUCAACGUCUAACUCACCAAGCUACCUUAGCUCCCUUGAUGGUCCGACCUGUGCAAAGGAUGGCUCAGCCUUAAAUAGUGUUACAAUUCUGGCCCAUUGCUAAACUUCGGUCGAAAUUGUUCCUGGCACGCUUUAAAGUGGAAUGUGAACGAGGUUAUAGUCUUGAUUCAUCAGUUCAUAAUGCACUCUGAAUAAUGCAAUCGAGACUGUUCACCAACAAAUGCAGCCUUUUUCAUUCUUCUUUGAGUAAAAUAAUCCAUGAAAUCUUCUUUUAACAUGGAUGGGAAACCUUCCUUUGUUCUUUUGGUUGAAUAAGCAGAUCGUUUUUCCUCUAGUAGAUUGGAUGGAGCUUAACCGUGCAAUAAUUAGACAUGUUCAAUGUUAAUGCACACUUUUGCUGGUUUACACUAGUUUUAGUAGAAAUCAUAUAGAGAAGUGGGGUGGGUUUUCUGUGCAAUAACUUAUAAGCAUAUCGAGCAGUUGUCAAUGUUACAUGUCAUUUAUAGCACGCUUCAUUCGUUAACAGGUUUAAUUCCUCGGCCUGCGGCCUCUGGUUAAACCUGUUAACUCAUGAAAGCCGUACGCUAUAAAUAUAACUUUUAUAUAUUAUAUAUUGAUUAACCCGUUGCUGUUUAUUUAUGGUUUUGUAAAGUAAUAUACGACACAUUAGCUAAUUAUUGUAAUUAUAUUCCUGUAGUUGAUUUUCAGGACUCCUACUAUACGCUCGUAUUUUAAAAGGGUUUUGUCAAACCUUGAAAUACCAAAUUAUUACUCAUAACAAAAAUUGGAUUUCCAUAUAUUCUUUAAUUCGUUAUUGUUAAUACUUAUUCUUCUUUCAACUUGAACUCGACAGUUGUCUGGAUUAUAAAGGCUGUAUUAUUCUUGAAAAACGUGUCCAAUUUAAAAAAAAUAUCUAUGCUUAGUGAGAUGCAGUCGACUAAAGAUGACAAAUUACAAAGAUUAUAAUUAUUUUUGUGGCCAAUGGCACUUUAAAGGAAAUAUUGAUUUUAAUUAUAUUAAUAUGUUGAAUAUAUGUUUACUUAGUUAGGUUACUUAUAACUUAUUAUAACAAAUUUUUCAUGAUUAACGUUACAAAUUCCGAUCCUGUAUUGUUCGGAAAAAUUUAGAAAUCCAUCAAAAUAUUUAACUCAACAAAAAAAGGUGACCCAGGCUUGUGCAUGGUCUACAGAGAAUGCUGAAAGUUGUGAAAUUCGUCAUGUCUUUAUAAAUAACGAACGGAAUUAUGUCAUUGCGACAUCACCGUCGGUAACAGUGGACGUUAAUUCCUCGCUAGAAAUAGUUCUAGCCUGAUAUUGCUAACAAGGAUUCAACUUUCACAAUAUUGCAGUUCGAAUGGGAUUCAAAAUCCCUCAAUUAACAAUUGGCUCCAAAUCCUACAUUGUACGUGUGCCUAUAAGACGGAAAAUAAUACACUCCUAAUAAUGUUGCAUAAUUGUGAUUUAUAAUAAGUAUUCUGGUUUUUCGUUUUAAAUAUUGCAGCUGGUCUGGAUUUAUAACAUACAUGUAUUAUUGUAACCGUGGCCAUAUGUUGCUAAAUAUUUACUGUAUAUAAACAACACUAAUAUUGUUAUUAAAAAUUGAUGCAGAAA